UGACAAUUAAAAUGUCACGUGUCACGUCCUAUUAACGAGGGAGGAUGACACAGGCGGGCCUCCUCGCUCCGAUGUGGAUAUGGUCAGUAUGGUAUCACUGAGGUUCCUCGUUCAACCAAUAGUCGUUUUGUUGACAUUAAAAGGUGUUACGGGACAAUGGGGCGGAGGGGAGAUUAUGGGCAGCCCUCUCAUGGACCCCGCCUUAGCCGGUCCGGGAUUAAUAGAGGGAGGCGGAUUCGGCAUGGAUCUUGGAGCAGGAAUGGGUGGAGGGAUGGGCGCCCGUGGAGGCGGUGGAGGGCCUCCUCCCCCGGCAGCUGGGGGCAUGGGGAUGGCCAGGGGUUUCCCACUGAUGUCCCUAGAUCAACUAGCGGAGUACAAUGAGAUGCCCUACUUGCAACGCCCCCUAGCGGCCCGGAUUGCGGAAGUGCAAUGGAGGUCCCAGAUGCCGUCUAUGCUAGCCGUGGAUCCGCUCCAAACGGGAUGGCAGCUCCUGGGGCCCCCACCGACGGUCACGGAGAAGCCGAAGCGAUAUAGAUAUCCAAGACUAGGAAAUGAACCACCAGGGCCCAGAGGGCCGGACAAGCACGCAUGGACAAAACUCAAGGCUACUUUGGAUAAAACAUUGUCUGUGUUCCCCACGCAGGAAAGGACAGAUUUGAAGCCAAUCGCUAGCAGAUUUACCCAGGAACCCGCGCAUCAUACUGUCUCCAAGACUCUGCACCCUGCUCCAGGCUUUCAGGGCCGGGUUCCUCUUGUGCCACAGCAGAACAACACACUCAACACACACCGCACACACAACACACAGAGGUCACACAACACACACCAUGCACCACACUCACACUUUAGACACAGUCUCUCAGGCAGCCAUGGAACUAACGUCAAACCGUAUAUUGGUCCUACACGUCAGUCGAUGCCUCCUUCUAUCCCUUAUACCCCAUCUUCAUCUCAACCAGUCUCUGCUUCAGCAUCAGGUGCGCUGAUCUCACAGCCCAGCACGGGUGUGAAAAAUGCUGGGGCAGUCUUUGAAUCCAAAACGCCAGUAGUUGCAACGUCCUUUCAACAGAGGGGAGUGUUUCAGCCCUCUCGGACACCAUCUGGGCCAGUGAUUUAUCAGGCUCCCAGGAAUAUCCUGCUGAAACAGUCGGCUGCUUUUACGUCGCGGGGCAGAGUACAGAAAAAUAGGCCUGUAGUAUCUAGUAAUUUCGCCCGUGGUACACAGAGCCCAGCUGUACAUGGUGUGUCCCAGGUGCUUCAUAAACCAGCGGCAGGGUUCAACCAGGUAUACGUCCAGCCGAACACCGGGAUAUAUGACUUACAAGGCAUCAAGGCCACGGAUGUAGGGUACACUCAGUUCGGUCCGGCCAAGUCAGCAAUGAUCCUUACUAAGAAUCCUAACCCUCAGAUUGAAUCCAUGAGACAGGCUGUCCAGAAUGGAGAAAGAUUUGGGACUGUUUUAAAAUCCAAUAAAACAGCUGGAGUUGCGUCCACCACGUCCCCAUCUACAGCAGCCCCGCAGACACAUCCUCGGCCUGGUCAUCCACCCACGCCCCUGGACGCUCUGACCCAAGCAGCGGAAGGACCGUCAAUAUUUAACCUCAACUCAGUUUCACUCAAUGGUGCUAGGAUCAGAUCAGGUAUUCCAAACGCCAUUCCCGAUCCAUACAGCUCCGUUACAAGUUCUCCCUAUCUAGACGCGGGGAGUCUAUAUGGUGUUAGACAGGAGCCGCACUUGACAACCCAGUCGUGGAGCUACACCUCCCCGGGGACCUACUACACUCUACCCCAGACCCUGUACCCUGACUAUCUGACGCACACGCCGUACUACCAGGGGUAUUACGAGUUGAACUCGGUACCGAACCAAGUAGCUGCUGGUGCUGUCGGUUCGGACUACAUCCGCGGUGGCCUGGUGGUCCAGCAGAGUCAUAACUCUGUAUAUCAGAUCGCGGACACUGCCAGGAAAAUAACCACACUGCCCACACCAACAACAACGUCAUACGAUCCAUCAACACAAGCAUCGACCACACCACCAUCAACUGCAUCCACUUCAACUACACCGUCAUCAACCACACAGCUACCGACCACGCCAACUUCAACCUCACAGACUACAUCUACUCAACCACCUGUGGCAACUAGUGAGAAGCUGAUGACUGAAACACCUUUAGUUUCUAUGUCACCUUCUUCUAAGAUGGUGGAGGCAACUACAGUGACUCCGUUGCCAACGCUUCAAACAUCAUCCCUUUCACAACCGUACGGUCGGCAGCUGAAACACAUGGACCCUCGUUCCCAGCAGCUGAAUCCUGGAAGACCGCCACUGUAUCGAGACCGACAGAUCAACAUCCGACCAGAGUACCUUCUACAGAGAGACAGGUACCGAGCAGUGUGGAAUGUUCGCCCCAGUGAUAGCAUGGGACCAAGGCCCACUCAUGUCAAACCAAACCCGAACCCGCGUUAUCCAUUAAGACAGACUACAACUGAAGGUACGAACCUGAUGACCUCGACUGCAGUGGAGUCUUCGUCAUCAGCAGCUUCUACAUCUUCACGAACUUCAACCGAAACAACAAUUUUACCGACAACACCACAACCAACAACAGGUGAACCAGCACCAGAACCAACAGCAGAACACACGACAGUAACCAUUCCGUCAGUAAACAGUUCAGCUUCUACCACGGCAGAGAGUUCAGGCUCGCCCAACAUGGUCGAGGGACCACCAGACACAGGAACCCUUCCGAGCCACAGCUUCACUCCAGCUAUUCACGAAAAUGCCUCCUCUCCAGUCACCGUGGUGUCAAGUUCGUAUAAAGAAGCGUUCCAUCAAAGCCACCAGUUGUUUGACGCCCAGAUUCAGAAUAUGGACAGACUACAAUUGCUUGCCCAGGGGAACGUUGACUCACAGACUAGAACAUCGGCAAUUGUAAACAACAACACUCAACCCAAUAACCAAGGCCUUGAAGCUCGGCCAGUAACCACUGAGACCUCCACAUAUACAGUAACAACAUCAACGCCAGUGCUCGUAUCUACAACAUCUGUUGCCGCAUUAACAGCCAGCGCGUCCUCACCAGUACCUCCAACAACCACCUUGACGCCAACGACAGUUUCAAUCACUUCACAGUCAACGACGUCACAACCUACGACGCCACAUGUUAAUGUAUUAGAUACUUCAAAACUGACGACGUCACACUAUACAGAUUAUAUUAGCAAUUCGGGCAGGAACCCCACUUUGAUUGGGCAGUCUUUGGUCCUAGCACAAAACAGGUUUAACCCAGGAACACAAGGGCAUGUAAAUGUGAGAGGUCGAAUUGAACUGAGUGACCAGAUGCAGUUUUCUGGAACUGGUGAGUCCCUACACGGACAUCUUACGUUAAAGCAGGUGGGAGGCAGCACUGGCGUGACCGUAAAACCAUUAAGUAUUCAGCAACCCACAGUUCCUCCAAGAACAAGUCACCUAAGCUUACCACGCCGGUCGUCAUUCGUCAACAGUGCUCUAACCAUGAGACAUAACACCCCAGUGUUGCGGACUUCAGUCAACCCAAACAUGUCGAUGCUGUCCGCAACCCCGGCCCCCAAAUUCCCCCUGAAUACGAGGACAGGGCGGAUGCAGUAUCAAUAUCCUCAACGUACCGUGCAACCACUGCGAUCGUUUCAAACCAAUAAACAGACCAUGGGUAGUUCACAACGAUUUGGAAGCCAGACUGUUGUACCAAGAAGCCACUUUCUCCAGAGAUACCCUAGUAGGAUACACUCACACAGAGUCACACCACAACCAACAUUCCGUAGACAAAACUUCACAAAACCAACAUUCUCUCAUAUACCUUUGCACACCACACUUCACACCUCACUACAUAAAGGCUUACGGACAUCUCACAACUUCAUAAACCAUUCCAGAAUGACGAGAGGGCGUGGUCUCAAACAAGGAAUGCCUGCUGCCCUUGGGGGUCAGGGCAAUCCGAGACAUUCAUCUAAAGUGACAACCAGACCCGUCCCAGGCACACAUCGGGCAGCCGCUGGACGAAAGGGUGUUCCUUAUGCCACGGCCUCCUCAGUACAUCCAACACAUCCACGGAAGUCUGUUGAGGUAAGAAGUGUUGUGCCCAAGACGAAUCUAAUAGAUGGCAAACCAAGAGCGACACAGCGGCACCCAAACAUUAAACUGGGACGACCUGGACAUCCUUCCACGACUCACCACCAUCUGAAACGUCCAGCAUCCUCUUCACAGUCACCCCAUCCACAGAGGAGGCCACAUCUUAGACCCCCUUCCGCGUCCAACACCACAGCUUCAACUGAUAACCCACGAGGUCAGAUUGCUGCGUUGAAUACUGGCAUAAGUAAACUAGUAUCUGCAAUACUGCCCAGACCUACACAUGCCGGACACCCUUCAACCAGUCCAAGAGGGGUUAGUCAGAGAAGACACCAUCAUAGAAGAACCCAUCAUUCUGGACGUCCACAUCAACAGCCUCCUUCAAGGAAUGCUUUAGGGUCAGUUUUACCCAAACCAGCACCAACGUCAACCAUACAACGUCCUCUACUCUACUCUACUCUGGGGAGUUUUUCAGCGGCUGCCAAGACCCAUAAAUCUUUGCGUGUAGGGAACCCCAUCAAUAAGAUUAAGCUGACGUCAGCAAAUCCCAGACCCCAGCAUCCAGCAUCUGGCAAGUUACAGCUUCGACAAGUAAAAAUGGGCCAACCGGCGCCAAGAGCCAUCCAGCCUACAGGGUAGCUGUGCACCUGGAGGUGCUGUGCCAACUGUGAAGACUAACGGAGGUUCCCAGCAUGUCAACACAGCCUUGUUCCUGUACAUGUUUCUCUGGGCGAGACUCAGCGGCGGAUCCAUGGGCACCAGAGUGGUGGGUGAAGGGAUGAAUAUUGGGGUUUGAAACAUAUGUAUACUUUCGACAUGAGCGUAAAUAAUACGAUUAUACCCUGGUCCUUGGAAUAGUUCACUAUCCGUUGUCAUCUGAUUGUCUGGUGUAAAGCAAUCACGCCUCACAACAUCAUUUCCUUCCAACCUCGACCUCAAGCCCCACAAGUUUCAGUUACAAUGCCCCAACCACACCCGCCAAGACACACACACUGAUCUUAAGAAUUCACAUUGUGAGCAAAUUCUAAUUGUGAACACCCACCCUUCUAAACAAGCAUGGAUCCGCCGCUUACCGUUAUCACCAGCGAGUCAAACUGUACCUAAUUUGUACAAACAUAUCAUGGAUUCUAUUUCAUCUUAAUAAAAUGUUAUUAUCGUUGA